AUGAGCCCUAGAUUCUCGCGCGCUUGGCUCACAAUAGUGAUAAUUCAAGCGAUGGGCACAUUUUUCAUGUGUUAUGCCAAACAAUCAAAAGGUGCACAUUACAUCGGAUCGACUCCAACUUUGGCUCGAGCACAUGCUCUUCCAUUAGCUCUAGUUCUUGUAACUCGAAUUGCUCUCAUGUUUGAUUUUCGAAAUAUGACUCUUCAAAUUACGCAUAUUGUUUUGUCGGCAGUUGCAGUUUGUCAUACAAUCAGUGAGGUUUUCUAUUUUCAAACUAUGGUUUAUGGAAUUGUUUCGGUUACCGAGAUUACUUUCAAUAGUGAGUUUUUUUGGGGUGAGAAUUCAGAAGGUUCAUAAAAAUUCACAUAAAAAAAUAAAGGACACGUGAAACAAUUCCAAGAACUUCUAGGCUUCACCAUCGUUAUCCUGAUUUCAUAUUUAUUCUGUUUGGAUGAAGAUGAACCAGCACCAAGAGUCCGACAAUUUAGUGCUAAACAUUAUAUGGAAGGAACUACUCUUACUCCCGAUGAAAAUGAUAUCAAUGUGCAAAAUUAUAAGAAACGAAUGUAA